AGCUAUGACUCACUGGUUCCUACCAUCGUGUGAAGAAAGCAUCUGAUGCCAAAGCUGGCCAUAGGCAGUAAAUGAAGGCGCACACAAGCAUUCCACCUCCGCUCGUCCUUCCCCGUCACUCGUGAUGAAGCUCUCGCUCUUUCUCGUUGUCUCAACAGCUGGUCUGUGGGUUGCUGCCAAUGCAAACAGCGUAAACAGCAAACAAACCAAAAAUGACGUGUGCACCCAUCCCUUCGUGGACAUCAACGGCCGCUGUCUGUUCGUCAACAACUUCGCCCAAAUGGACUGGGACGCGGCGCGCGCCUUCUGCGGCGGCUUCCAGGGCGACCUCGUCACGCUGGACGAAGCCAACCUGCUCGCUGACAUCGUCGACUUCAUCUACAAAGAAGGGCUGACGGAUCGCAGCUACUGGAUCGGCGGGAGCGCCAGCGCGCGGGCCGGCGCGUUCGUGUGGCCCGACGGCAGCCUCGUCCGGAUGGGCACUCCCUGCUGGGGCGUCCUCGACAGCUUGCAGCAGCCAGGGGCAGAGUCCUGCGAGAAUUGCAUCGCUCUCAACAGAGACAAUUUCUUCUUUUUCAAUAAUUUCAACUGCGAAAGAGAAAUUUCAGUGAUAUGCGAGUACAAAUUUCAGAGAGAGAACUGAAGAUUCACCCUCAUUUCGUCUUUGAUACGAGAACCCGAUGCCAUGCUUCUCAAGUAAACAAGAAAAGAA